UCAACAAAUAAUAGCUCUCUCAAUCAAUUUCUAAACACAAACAAGAAAAGAAAAGAGAGGCAAAAUGCUUCGAUUGGGUUCUUCCAUUGUCUCAGUGCUUGUAAUUCUCCUUUCAUUUCCUUUCUUUAUAGUUUCCCUUCCAAUUCAGGAUAAAUUUCUUAAAUGUCUCUCACUAUAUUCUGAAUCCUCCUUUCCUUUCUCCACUAUCUUGUACACUCCAAACAACUCUUCAUUCACUAAUGUCUUGCUGUCCACUGCUCAAAAUCUCAGGUUCGCAUUGCCUUCAGUGCCGAAACCUGAGUUUAUUUUCACACCGUUGCAAGAAUCCCAUGUCCAAACUGCUGUUGUUUGCUCAAAACAGCUUGGAGUUCAGAUUAGAGUUCGCAGUGGAGGCCAUGACUUUGAAGGACUCUCGUACACCUCCGUAAUUGAUACACCUUUCAUUGUGGUAGACCUGGGCAAGCUUCGUUCCAUUAGCGUUGACAUCAAGCGUAAGAGUGCGUGGGCUCAUGCAGGUGCUACAGUUGGUGAACUUCACUAUAGGAUCUCAGAGAAAAGUAAAAAUGUUGGCUUCCCAGCUGGUGCUUGUCCCAGUGUGGGCCUUGGUGGGCACCUUUCGGGAGGUGGAUAUGGCCCUUUGCUUAGAAAAUAUGGCCUUUCCGCUGACAAUGUCAUUGAUGCUCGUAUAGUUGAUGUUCAGGGAAGACUCCUUGACCGGAUAGCCAUGGGAGAAGAUCUUUUUUGGGCAAUCAGGGGAGGUGGAGGAGCCAGCUUUGGAAUCAUUACUGCCUGGAAAGUAAAACUGGUUCCUGUACCGUCAACUGUGACAGUUUUUAGGGUUUUCAGGUUCUUGGAACAAGGAGCUACUAAGCUCCUCUAUAGAUGGCAACAAGUUGCUAAUAAAUUUGAUGUGGAUCUUUACUUAGUCGUUGGCAUACGACCGGCUAUUGCUAGUGACACAGGUAAAAAAACUGUAAGAACUAUCUAUAGUGGCUUUUUUCUUGGUGAUACCAGCAGACUCCUCGAAGUGAUGCAAAAAAGUUUCCCUGAAUUGGGUUUAGCAAGGAAGGAUUGUAUUGAAAUGGACUGGAUCGGUUCAGUAAUUUAUGAAGCUUUCUUCCCCACUAAUUCAACUCCUGAAGUUUUACUUCAGAGGAAGAAUUUAUUCCCGGCUUACACCAAAAGCAAGUCAGACUUUGCCCAAAGUCCCAUAUCUGAAACCGCACUCAAAGGGUUAUGGAAAAUUUUCUUUCAAGAAGACAAGCUUGCUACCUUACUAAUUCCUUAUGGUGGAAUGAUGGAUAAAAUUUCAAAAUCUGAGAUUCCUUUCCCU